AUGGCUAAUAAAAAAAGUAAUUCUAAUAAAAGUGGAGUUAGCAAUAACCAGGAUGAUAACUACAGUGAAUCCAAACUUGAUGAUCCAAGACGUGAUUCUCUAUCGAUAUUCAGUGUGAAUAACCAGCCGAGAUUAUCCAACACAGAAGUCUCAAUAGCUAGUUUUUUGAAUAUCGCAGACCAGAACGCGACAAGCUCUGAUAAUAACAAUACAAACAAUAGUUCAGGAGGCAUGUCGGCAAAGGCUAAUACAAGUCAAAAUAAGUCAGCGGGGGCAAAAUCUGCUCAAAAGUCUUCAAAUUCGAUCUCAAAAGGCUCCGUUGUCGGCGGUGCUGCUAAUCCGAAUAUGAUGAACCCAGAUAUGUCUGCGAUCGGUAGAGGCUUCUCUAUCGUGAAUAGUAUGUGGCCCCAACAGCCGCAACAACAAAUGAAACAGUCCAAUAAUAAUAAUAACAGCAAUUAUAAUAAUGGUAAUCAGGGACAAUUCCAGAUACCCCAAUCCAGAAAUAACUCAUUGAAGUUCCCGGUGGACGAUCUAGAUUUCCAGUUUAGAAGAAAUUCCAGUAUUAUCAGGGCAGCAAAUAUGCCGCCUGCCAACGUCUUGGCACAACAGCAAUAUCAGUAUCAGCGUCCGAGUGUCUCGGCAAUGCCACAACAAGGCACUUUGCAACCCCAGCAGCAACUGAUUAACGGACAGGGGCUGAUGUACCCGCAAUUGCAACAAAUUAUGACAAAUUAUCCCCAGCAGAGGGUACAGGAAACAGCAACUCAGCCACCAGCAAAGAAACAAAAGACAAGGAAACCAAGGAAAAAUUCAAAGAAGGGGAGGAACAAUAGUGCUGCUGCAACUGGGAAUAAGGAUGAAACUAAAUCGAAACAAAAUCUGCAAAAUGUUAGUCCAGAUUUGGACAAGGAAAAUGCAGUAUACUUGAAUAAUAAUAAUAAUAAUAGUAAUAAUAACAAAUUGUAUCUGGAUGUUAAAUUGCAAAAUGAUGCUGCGGGUUUGGGGCCACAAUCGACAGACACUUCAAGAGGUUUACUUGGUGUUACAAAGGUCGAUCAACUGAUGUUAAUUAUUGAAGCAAGGAAGAAAGGUGUCACUGAAAAAAUUAAGACUACAGAUAAUGGUGAACUGAUUCUAGAUCGCACAACAGAUAUUCUACCGCCUUCGAAUCAGCUGGUAGGUGGUGUGGAGAAACCAAAAUCAUCACAUGGAAUGAAACAACACGAAUGUCCAUACUGUCAUAGAUUCUUCACCCAAUCAACACAUCUGGAGGUUCACGUUAGGUCACACAUAGGGUACAAACCAUUCCAAUGUGAGUUCUGCGGGAAAAGAUUCACUCAAGGUGGUAAUUUAAGAACUCAUCAAAGACUGCAUACUGGUGAAAAACCUUACAACUGUGAAAUGUGUGGCAAACGAUUCUCAAGAAAGGGAAAUCUGGCUGCACAUGCAUUGACUCACCAGAAAUUAAAACCAUAUAUUUGCAAGUUAGAAAAUUGUAAUAAAUCAUUCACACAGCUAGGUAAUAUGAAAGCUCAUCAGAAUAGAUUCCAUUUGAAAACAUUGAUGCGACUAACUAGUAAAUUGGCAUCAAUGAAUGAAAACACCGAUAUUCCAAAAGAAGAAAGAGAAUUGCUGGAAUACCUGGCUACAAUUUAUAAGAAUUCGAAUAAAGGUAUUAAAGGCAGAGGUAAAAAUGCCAAUAAUGGUAUUAGCAUUUCAAUGUCAUCGAGACUAAGUGGUACUGGAAAUUCGCAAAUUCUCCAAGCUCAACAAUUAGGAAACAUUAAUGGUUUAACUAUACCAGGUAGUUUAAGUAUGCCUGGUCACAUGAUGCCAGACAACACAACGGUCCUGAUGGAUCCAAGCAAGGAGAUGGUGAAAUUACCAUCUCCGACACAUAAUUUACAAAGUGACAAAAUUGGUGGUGUUAAUUAUGAAUUUGCCCCAAUUCAAAACCAACAGCAAAAUCUAACCGGUAUACCAAAUUCUAAUGAAUUUGACUUCAAUUUAGAACAACAAGGUGUUCCAAAAGGUAUGACACAACAUGGUAGAGUUAUUCAACAACAACACCAACUACAACAACAACAACAGCAGCAGCAGCAGCCAUUCCAUGAGCGUGUUCAUUUCAACGACAUAAAUUUUAAAGGGUAA